AUGCCAAUUUUUUUAGUAGCUUCUCAGAUAAAUUUUGGUACAUUUUCACUGGGACAAAAUAAGCGUGGUGAUUUGCAAGUAGGAUUUAAUCAAGCUGCAAAUAUUUUUGGAUUCGGAGGUGAUCGUGGAAUUGGUUUUACAAUUGGUGAAGGACGAUUUGAUACUAAUGGUAUUAUUUCAAUAAUAUUAUGUCUUUUUUUUGCCCGAAAUGGAAUGUUGGUUGCUGGAGAAAGAGUUGGUGUUGAUUCUGAUGUUGUAUUCAAUGAAGCAGAAGGAAUUAAUGUUGGAAAUAUUCUAAAUUUUGGAAAAAAUCAUAACUCUUCGAAUAAUCUUCCUGGUCAGUUUCUAUCUUUUUUGCAAAGGAUCGGAAAUUUCUUUAGCAGUAUGAAUAAAUCAACAGGCACAACACUUUCACCAGCAGCAUAUGAUAAUUCAAAUGCUUUGACACGAAAUAUUUCCCAUAAUCUUAGUGUAGCAGAAAAACAAGAGCUUUUUGUCCGGUCAAAAGAUUACAAGGAUUCUGAAAAUGCUGACUACAAAAACUAUUACAACUAUGUUAUGGUUAAUUUUUGA